AAUCUCGCAGUCAGUCUCGCAAUGGCGUUAGUGGGAGAAGGUUGUGUGUUCAUUUAGUUUGACACAAACCCGAGCGGACACCGGCCCAAAAUAUUGGCCUGUCUAUACGUGCUCGAAUUACCUGAAAAUAUUUCAUGUGAUUUCGCGAAGAUAAAAGGAAAAUUACGACUACGGACAGUCAAAUUUUGGUACGAUAUCCACUCAGGGCUAAUCAUUUCAAGAUCAUGUUCAUCUCAUCAUAGUUCCUCUUCGUUUUAAGUGUUUUUGUGUAUUAAGUGUUGUGACAGUGACAGUGUUUUAAAGUGUAAGUGAUGGAUCCUGGAUCGCCUUCAACGUUGUGGCCACUGCGACUAAGCAAGCCUGCCGUAACCGUGCCUGUUCCUGAAAAUGGGGAGAAUAGUAAGGCAGAGGAUAGGGCGCAGUCCCCGGCUCUUACGGACCGGCUAUCGGCGUCGCCCUCUAGCCCUUCGCCCCCCAGUCCAGCACCACCCCAACACCAGUUUCAAGCAGCGCUGGUCGCUGAGAAGUACCUACUUCUAGAACAAGUGGAAGGCUCAUCACUGUGUAGAUGUGUGGACGUGCGCACACAAGAGGAAUAUGUUUGCAAAGUUGUGUAUAGGGAUUGUAGUGGCUUAUUGCAAGCUCACGAUCGUCUCGAUGGACAUCCGCACGUCAAUCCUAUCCACGAAGUGCUGGUGGGUGACAAGAGAGUCUACCUAAUUUUCCCCCGGUCGCACUCUGACCUACACUCUUAUGUAAGGGCAAGGAAAAGAUUGAGGGAGCACGAAGCAAGGCGGCUCUUCAGACAAAUGGCGGAAACCGUAGCGGCGUGUCACGAACAAGGCAUCGUUUUAAGAGAUCUUAAGCUGAGAAAAUUCGUCUUCGCCGACCCUCAGAGAACGACACUUAAAUUGGAAUCAUUAGAAGACGCGGUAGUACUCGACGAUCCUCAAGAAGAUCUCCUUCAAGACAAAAGGGGUUGUCCCGCUUACGUCUCACCCGAGAUCCUGAGAGCUCAUAGGACGUACUCGGGGAAGGCGGCAGAUAUGUGGUCGCUCGGCGUUAUUCUCUACACAAUGCUCGUAGGAAGGUAUCCGUUUAACGACUCCGAGCAUGCGUCUCUAUUCGCAAAGAUCUCCCGGGGUUACUUCGUGGUUCCGGAAUGUUUGUCGUCGCGAGGUAAAUGUCUUAUACGUUCUCUGCUACGGCGAGAGGCGUGCGAACGCCUGAGCGCGAGGGACGUGUUGAGGCACCCGUGGUUGGCGAGAGAUCCUCGCAACGAGCUCCCGCCACGCGCCGCUGCUUCGCAGGACCGUCUCGUGCCCGACGUCGAAAUGGACGUAGACUGCGUCUAACCAGUCCUUUACCCUAGCUCCGGUGCUGGCAUCGGGACAAGUUCCCCUACCGUCAUAACGCAAUAGCUCUAAAGAAACCGAGUUCGCGAGCUUGCGGUUGCGCUCACUGAAAUGUCGGUCCUUAUUUCACGCUACGUGUUUUCAGUAAGUUGUAUCCGAAGCCAAAUAAUCUCUAUCGAGAUUUAAUUUAGUGAUUAUAUCGGACGGCGGAGGCGGCUGGUCCGCGUGGCCGUCCAUUAUUUAUCUAUGAAGGCUCGACCUGCAAUAAUCGCAUUCAAACGUGAAUUUAUGCGGCUUUUGUUGGCGGUUGGCUUUCACGCUGUGGUAUAUAGUCUUAAUGUUCGUAAUGACAGAAUAAGUGAGACUGAUAGUCCGGCGACCGUCUCGUGUCGGGGACCAUAGAUUCAUCUUAUGGCUUGUGAAUAGCAAGCUCCCGGUUUAAGUUUACGCUGCGCGAAUCCAACGUUUAAAAGAAUCGACCCAUAGCUUUCGAAGCCUAUAAUACAUUUUAUCAAAAGCAUGUAUUUAUUUUCGGGUUUUCCUACCCUUUUAAAAGUUGAAUCCGCGCCUAAUACGCAUUGCAAUGUCGCCCAGCUUCGAAUGUUAGGUUGACGAAGCGUUGUUACGUUAAUUCCUGUUAAGCCUAUAAUCAUAUGAAUUUCACAUGAAUAUAGAUGGAUAUAUUGCAUCGAAGCGGCGUAUUUAGAAGUAGUUGUAUAUUUUGUAUUUAUAUGAAAUGUUAUAUUAUCGUGUAAUUGUGAUCUCCACCGAUGUUAAUUAGCGAUUACUUGAUUGCCAUUAUGUUACGCAGAAUUGAUUAUUUUGCAUAACGAUCAGUUGCUUCCAUCAUAGAGAUAUAUAUUAAAUUUUCGGUUUAUGUAUUCGGCAGAUCAACGUGUAUUGUUUUUUUUUGUCGAUCGAAGUAUGUUAUAAAUUUGCGCACCAUGUACCGGAUAUGUUCGUUGGAUUUGGUUUGUGCCAUUUACUUAAUUUAAAUCUAAUUUAUUGUUGUUGUAGUGACGACGGCACUUCUUCCUAUUAAAUUAUUCGUUUGGUACUUGGUGUUGGGUUUAUUGAUUUUCAUCAUAUUUUUGUUAUAUGAAAUCAAUUUUUGUUUGUUAAAAUCAAUAGUUUCAAUUUUUUGUUAAAAUUUUUGGCCUUUGGGAUUCCUGUGAACUUUCAUAUUGUUGAAAGUGUAGCUUUGAAGUAGUCAAGUCUUUCAUUUGUGAAAGCGUGUUGUACAAUAAUAGUCUACUGUAAAUUAAACUAUUUUAACAUUAAUUUAUACAAACUGUAAAUAGAGCUAAGAUAUUAUAAGAUUAUUAAAAAAAGGAAGAAUGAUAGAGGGAAUAAAUCAUUUAAAAUAUA